CGCUCUCCUCAUUUCAUUUGCCGCCGGGGGAGCCGAUAGACAGUUACCCAAAAUCUCAAUCUCAAACCUCAUUCUUCACUGUAGAGAGAGAGAGAGAGAGAGAGAGAGAGAGAUGUUUGGGAGAGUGAGAGCGCCGUCUUCUUCGCCAGACGAGCUGGAGAGACACACGGCGAAGCUUCUCAAGCACGAUUCUCUCUCCAUCUACGAGUCUACCCUGCUAAAGCUCAGAAUAGGUUGUCAACAUGCCAACGAUACACCUCCUGAGGAAAUGCAGACGGAAAAUGACGGAAAGGACAUGGAAGCCGAUAGCAAUCCCAUAUUUACAUGUCCCAGAGCCAUAGUAUCUCCCCAGGGCUCAAUGACUGUAGAUGAUGGUGCUGGUUCUUGUGCAGAUAACUUAUCUAGAUCUAGUAGCGGCAGGGCGAUGUCAAUUCACCAUCUGUUUUCUAGAUACAAGGGUUCCAAAGCUACAUCAUUAAUCCAUGACCAGAUGAUGACUACAGAGAAUAAUCGUUCUCCAAGUAUUCCUCCGAAUUCGGGAAACAAUUCGUGUCUCAGUAACAUGGACCAGCACUUGGAUACCGACCGUAUCAGCUCAAUAAUUGUUGGUAGUGUGUAGCUUCUCUGUUCGUGUGAUCUUCUUGGUCCAGAUAAUCUAAAUUUUUUCGCUUGUCAGUUGAUACUGUGAUGUAUCCCAUUGUACCGAAGCCCUCCUAAGAUUGGGCCAACAUAUAAAUGUCAAUUCCGAUUGCAUUCGUAAA